AUGCGAUAUAUGUAUGUUAAAUACGUUAGAUAAUUAAGUAAAGUAUAUUUUUUGUCACAUGUACGGACAGAAUUUUCCGGUAAAUAUCUGUCUAGCUGUUCAAAUUAUUUGUUCCGUUUGUUUCUUUAAUUUUGAUUUCAAUAAUAGGCCCUCCUGUUUUUGCUGCCGACAACAAAAGAAUUCAGGAUAAUAAGAUGGAAGCAUCAGUUGCGAUAAAAGUAAAGGUGUAUAGUUCGUUGGCGAUAAACUGUCAUGACAUAGAAGAAGUCGGUAAUAUGUCAGUUAAACUGCAAUACUUAGAAGUCAGAACAAAUUACAUUCUACUCAAGGAAAGUUUUCAUGAUGCAAUCGUGACAGUCAAUGGUUUAGAAAUUAUUCUUAUUUUAAAUGGACUGAAUGUUCAUGGAUCUCGUAAAUUCAAUGUCACUGUGUGUAAUAUCUAUGGAGAUAGCAGUUUUGAUGUCAUCUGGAAACCUUUCGUGAAUAACUCAUCAGAACAAAUCACACUGUCUUUAGACGUCACAAUCAUCACCAUCAUUGUUUUUCUAAUAAUUAUUGUAGUCAUACUAGCUGGAAUGGGAAUAUAUGUUAGGUACCUGAAACAGAUGUACAGAAAGAGAAUUAAAGCUGCAACGAAUAUCCCAUCGCCUGAACUCUUUGGUGAUGAAAGCUCUCAUUAUGCAGACAUAAUUGAAGAUGAUAACUUAUUGACACCAACACAAGGAAAUUAUGCUGUCAGACCCACUGAAGUUAGUUUCUCCGUUAAAUAAAUGGAAAACAUGAUGACUUUAUUUAUUUCAGGAACAAACACCCAGAUGUUGUCAACAACUAAUACAAUACAUGUAGUUGUGGAAAAUAGAGGUAUAUCCCAUGUGUUUGAUGAACAUUUGUCAUCAAUAUCGGACAAUGACAUCAAUGCUUCGGACAUUUUGUACGAUGGUUAUGAAAAGCCAUACUCGACUUUGAUUGAAAAUGAUAUAGAAGAAAUUAAACAUGUUUAUCUCUCUACAACAAACAACUCAACCUACGAAAAUUUAACACCUUCAGAGAAUACUGCUUGCGGACAUUCUCCAGGAUUCACAGAACUGGAUUCCUCACCUGAUAAACCAAAAGCACAUAUUGCUGAGAAUGACUGUCAGGAACAUGUGAAACUGAAUUAUGUUGAAAACUGCUCGAACGAAAGAAAUUUUCAACGACCAUACGUUUAUAAACAGCAGAAUCAAGUAGAGUACAUUAACUUGUCACUUAAACAAUAAAGUAAAAAUUCGGAUGUCUGAUUCCAUGUAUCUUAAUAAAUAAUAGCAUUCAUAAAAAUUUGGUCACUUUUUUAAAGUAUUAAUUCAGUUAUAAUUCUUGGGUCAGUAA